AUGAUGAAGCACGCCAUGCUGCGCUGGCUGGACUCGUUACGCCACAUGGUUUGCUUUCUGUCCCCAAAACCCAAGCGACAUGGAUAUGAGGCUGCAGAGGAAGCUGUAAUGGCAGAUGCAGUUCAACCAAGAUCCCCCGACAGCUCAACCCCCCAGCCAAGCACUGCAUCCAUUGACAGUCGAGCACAGAAACAAAAACGCGUUCGCGUUCAACGCAAGACUCCUGGCUCCCUUACGGGUUCCGACUACAGUGAUCCCACCGAAUCAACAACCCCAUCACGCGACGACAGCAAGACAGAGGCCACAACAUUCUCAAUCGUCACUGACAACCAUUCGUUGGACCUCAAGACGACCGCCAAGCCCGCACGGCUAGAUACCACCACACCGUACAUUCCCAUCUUGCAAGUGGAUGGUAGUCUGCGAGCUCCGCAGCUGGCGUUCGAUGGUUAUGGCUCAUUUGGCGGCCGGUUCGCCCCGGAAUCUAUUAUGGGAUUCCUUUACGAACUGACAUCAUUUUUCGAGGACACAGUCUCUGACCCCGCGUUCUGGUCUGAAUAUGCCACGUUCCAGAAUGCCCCGACCUCACUUCACAUAGCUCCAAACCUAACAUCACUGGCAAACGGUGCUACCAUCUGGCUGAAGCGUGAAGACGAAAAUUAUUACGGCUCCCAUAAAGUCCGCAACAUCACCGGCCAGCUCCUCCUCGCCAGACGCAUGGGCCGCCAGGAAAUUGUCACCGAUUGCGCCUCCGCAAAACACGGCUCCUUCACCGCUGCGAUGUGUGGCCGCCUCGGCUUGCGCUGCGUCAUCGUCAUGGGUACGGAUGAUGCCAAUGCUCAGCGCGACGACGUCGGCAAGAUGAAAUCGCUCGGGGCUAGGGUCUUGACCACUCGCACGCCCUCCGGCAUGGGUAGUUUACGCGCAGCCAUCACCGAGGCUCUGCGCUAUUCCGUCUGCCAUCAUGAGUCGGCCUACUACCUCAUGGGUAGCCCGGUGGGGCCAAGUCCCCUGCCCACUGUCACCCGCACCUUUCAAUCCCUCCUGGGCGAGGAGGUCGCGCUGCAAAUGGACGCUGAAGGUGCACAUCCGGACGCACUUGUCACCGCCAUCGGCAGUGGAACCGGUGCGGUGGGGCUAUUUAGGCCGUUUUUGCAGGACCGGUCGGUUCGUUUGGUGGGCGUAGAAGCUGUCCGAGCUGCGGCCCUCACUGAUGGUGAGCAGGGGGUGCUCCAUGGUGCUCGCACCUUGUUACUUCAGAGCCAGGAGGGUCAGAUUAAUGACUCGCAUUCGAUUUCACCGGACAUGAAUCUGUCGACUGUAGGCCCAGAGGUGGCUAACUGGAAAGAUUCUGCGCGGAUUGAAAUUUUUACGGCUACCGAUGAGGAUGCAAUCGACGGGUUCGGAUUAUUGAACGACCAGGAGGGAAUCAAGUCUGGUUUGGAUUCUAGUCAUGCAGUGAAAAGGACCCUUGAACUCGCCAAGGAACUUGGACCCGGCAAGAAUGUGGUUUUGAUGGUCACCGGUUAUGAUAAUAUUGCCAUGCGUGAAACAGAAGCUCGAAAGUGA